CACAAAACAUCACUUUAGCUUUCCCCCUUUGGUCAAACACGUAGGACGAAUCAGAGGAUCGGACGGGAACAUGGAGAAGUAUAACAAAUCGUGCAUGAUUGCUCCGAUGCCGGCACGGCGCAGAUCGUGGAUCCUUUCCACUCCACUCCCUCCCUUGACUCCCUCCCUCUCUGUCACCAACCAUACACCAUUUCUAGCAAGCUCAAGCACCAUCCAAUACCAGGCUACCAAGAGGAACUCGGCGGAAGAGAUCUCAUCGGCCGACGAUGGCGCCGCGACGGAGCGCCGCGGAGACGGCGGAUGCGGACCGAGCGCGGCUGCACCAGCUGGGGUACAAGCAGGAGCUGAAGCGCGGGCUCAGCGCGGUCUCCAACUUCGCCUUCUCCUUCUCCAUCAUCUCCGUGCUCAUGGGCGUCACGGCCACGUACAACACGGGGCUGAGGUACGGCGGGCCGGCGUCCAUGACGCUGGGGUGGCUGGUGGUGACGGUGUUCAACGGCUGCGUGGCGCUGUCCAUGGCGGAGAUCUGCUCCGCGUACCCGACCUCCGGCGGGCUCUACUACUGGAGCGCCAAGCUCGCCGGCAAGGAGUGGGCGCCUCUCGCCUCAUGGGUCACCGGCUGGUUCAACAUCGUGGGACAGUGGGCGGGCACAACGAGCGUGGACUUCUCGCUGGCGCAGCUCAUCCAGGUGAUCGUCCUGCUCGGCACCGGCGGGGCCAACGGCGGCGGCUACCUGGCCUCCAAGUACGUCGUGCUGGCCAUCUACGGCAUCAUCCUCGUCCUGCAUGGCCUCAUCAACAGCCUCCCCAUCCGCUGGCUCUCCUGGUUCGGCAAGCUCGGCGCCUUCUGGAACGUCGCCGGUAUCUUAGUGCUGGUGAUCCUGAUCCCGGCAGUUGCCAAGGAGAGGGCGAGCGUCGAGUUCAUCUUCACGCACUUCAACACGGACAACGGCAUGGGGAUCCACAACAAGGCUUAUAUUAUGGCGGUGGGGUUGCUGAUGAGCCAGUACUCCGUUCUCGGUUACGACGCAUCUGCACAUAUGACCGAAGAAACGAAGGGCGCAGACAAAAGCGGGCCGAUCGGUAUCAUCAGCGCGGUGGCUCUCUCGUCCAUCUUCGGGUGGAUCUACCUGGUGGCCCUCACGUCGGUGGUGACAGACAUACCGUACCUGCUGAGCCCCGACAACGACGCCGGCGGCAACGCCAUCGCCCAGGCUCUCUACACCACCUUUCGCGUGAGGUACGGCAGCGGCAUCGGAGCGGUGGCCUGCCUCGGGGUCAUCGCCGUUGCCAUGUUCCUCUGCGGCAUCGGGUCCAUCACCAGCAACUCGAGAAUGGGCUACGCCUUCUCCCGGGACGGGGCGAUGCCGUACUCGAAUGUGUGGCACCGGGUGAGCAGGCACGAGGUGCCGCUGAACAUGGUCUGGCUUUCCGUCGCCGUGGCAUUUGCCAUGGCCCUCACGUCGUUGGGGAGCCAGGUGGCAUUCCAGGCGAUGGCAUCCAUCGCGACCAUAGGGUUGUACAUCUCCUACGUGCUGCCCAUCUUCUUCCGGGUGACGACAGCCCGAAAGUCGUUCAUACCGGGGCCGUUUCAUCUCGGCCAGUACGGGCUCGCCGUCGGAUGGGCGGCGGUCCUCUGGGUGGCCUUUGUCACCGUGCUCUUCUCUUUGCCGGUGGCGUACCCGGUGGCAAAGGACGACUUCAACUACACACCAGUGGCCGUUGGGGGUGUGUUGCUGCUCAGCAUCGGGGCCUGGGUGCUCCAUGCACGGUUCUGGUUCCAAGGACCCAUCAUAAACGUUGACACAGUCUAGAACUUUGCAUAGUGUAAUAUUAGUUGUACACAUGAAAGCUGGAUUGUUGAUUAAAAAGGUGCAGUACAAUGGUCUCCUAUACAUGCGUCGUCCUAGGACCUUUCUGCAGUAGUGAUUCCUAUCUGUAUUACUUCAAUCUAUCAUUCAUGUUUAUCACCAUCGUUCAUAUAUAUGAUGCUUGCUAUCUCCAUAUGUGGGUACGUAGUCCCCUAGUUCUUGGGAAUAUGGAUGAACCGAUGAACCCUAGUAUUUAUAGGUGUUGAAUGUUAUAGAGAUAUGAAAUCCUCUUUUGAAUGUUUGAUUUAAUAUCGUCCAUGAAUAUUAUGAAGAUGCCUCACUCAACAUUUCUGCCUUGUAUGGCCAUGGAUCAUAUUACUAUCGUUGUAAAGGCUGUGAUGUAGGGGUAAAGACAAGACUAUAAUAUAUUCUCCUCCCUACCCUUACAAUUGAUAGGGGAGAAACGGAGAACACUUAGUGUGGUCGCAUCCACGAGGAAUCCCUUAAUCACUGUAGUGAUACCUAGAGUGGGGAAACUACGAUGGUGGCAUGUGUGUGAGUAGACUAAUUCAUGUACCGCGUAUCUGUACCCGACUCCGCCCCAUUAAAAACACGAAGAGUGGCUCAAGUAUCCAACCUAGAACUAUGCAAUCACAUAUGAUACAUUAUAUUAGUGGGGAUUAUAGACUCCCUGAGAGCACCUUAGUCCUAUUUACGGUUUCAUUAUUCAUUUACUCUAUGUUGUUCUUUUACUUCUUUUCACAUGAAUUACUUUUUAUUGUACUCACUCAAACAUUACAAAUUUCCAUCUUCAUUUUUCUUUUUAUAUAAGACUAAUUUGCAGGCACAAUUCAAUAAAUCAUUACAAGAGACAAAAUCCAAUUUAUGUACUCCCCGUGGGAUCGAUACUCUUACUUCGACAUGGCUAUAUGACUGAACCUUUUGCACUUCCAAGAAAUCAGUCAUAAGCAUAAGAUUUCUAGGUAUAAAAGAUAUUAUGUCUAGUAUUAUAAGCAUAUUUAAGCUAAGUCUAAAAGCACUUAAGGCAUGACCCGAUGGUGGCCAUAUUAUGGACCAGUGCAAAUUACGAGGGUUACAUCUAGUAUGGUUCUUUUUCCCACGAGUAAGAUUAUUGAUUAGCCACCACUACCAGGAACGCACCUUAGCCAGUGGGCUAGGAGCCUACAGGAAAAGAAGUCUGGCUGUCAGGAAUAUCAUUCCUGUCAGCCAACCCAUAGGAAUAUCCGACAGCCAUAGCCUGCCAGGAAUGAAAUCAUAUGCCUGACGGGUAGCCUACAGCCUUCUUUGGAUCGAAGGAUUUUCACAGGAUUUUUGCUGGAUUGUAAACCUCAGGAUUGUAUCCUACGGAUUGCAUAUGGAUCACAGGAUUGCUUUCUCAAAAUUCCUUAGGAUUGGGUUCCCAAGGCGCUGAACCCAGAGGAAUUUACGCUGAGGUCCGACCUCUUGGAAAGAUUCCUGGCGCGAAAAGAGAGUGUUCGCGCCAAAACAGCCGCGCUGCUUCGUGUGAAAACA